AUGUCAAGGGACAUAAUACCCAAGUCCGUUCGCCGUGGCUCCAGGGUGCUAGAGCUUCCUAGCGGUUAUCUUUACAAGGUUAUGCACGAUCAAUCCCUUGCCGUGGCACAAAGCUUAGGUCGGGUCAAUUCACGCGAUGUUCAAACAUUAGCAAAGCCAAUUUUUUACAAAGCAGUACAGGGGGCUAGCAGUGGAAAGCUGGUCAUAUCCGAAGCUAAGGUCCUUGCAGGGCUAGAUCGCAUGCAAGCUGAACGCACCAAUCGCCAGAGCGCUCGCACGAAAUUUGAACAACAAAAUAAACCUCAAGACGAUGAAGCUUCGAUAGGACAAGAAGCCCCUCCUACUACAACCGCCGAAGUUCGAGACUCAGGGGUCUCGGAUGCGAUAUGGAACCAACUGCAGCUCUUGGAUCAGGAGAGGGCAGCACAACAAGCUGUUGAGGGUGUUAGGAAGAAAAAAACUAUUAUGGCACAGGAUCAACCCGAGGAUAAUGAUAACAACGGGAAGGAAAACCAACAUAAACAAGAGCAACUCCAACAAGAGCUUGAAAGAAGGGCCAAGGAGACAGAACUAGAGCGGCUCCUGAAGCUCCGAGAAGAGGCCGUGAAGCAACGGCGCAAAGAACGGGAGGCCCAGAAGAGAUUGAGGACAGUGGGAGUUUGCUGCAUGGGGUACCGGUGGAUCAUGCAGGCUCAAGGGUAUCGAUGUGCUGGAGGUCCUCAUCAUGUUUCGAAUGCGAAAUUGAGACUUUAG